UUCUCUAGCUACCAUUCUCCUCAUCCAACUUUCUCUAUAGUUUGCCUCUCUUGAUACAACUAGAAGACAGAGAAGAAACUAUGGAGAUGGGGGUAGGAAUAGGAGGGGAGGUCCAUGGAAGGACUUGCAGCUCUGCCACCCCACCAAGUGAAGAGGACAUGGAUUUGAGAAGAGGGCCUUGGACUGCAGAGGAAGACCUCAUACUUAUGAAUUAUAUCGCUGCCCAUGGUGAGGGCCGAUGGAAUUCUCUUGCUCGUUGCGCAGGACUAAAGAGAACAGGCAAGAGCUGCCGGCUCCGGUGGCUCAACUAUCUCCGUCCGGACGUCCGGCGUGGCAACAUCACCCCUGAAGAGCAGCUGCUCAUCCUCGAGCUCCACUCCCGAUGGGGAAACCGGUGGUCGAAGAUUGCGCAAUACUUGCCAGGGAGGACCGACAACGAAAUAAAGAACUACUGGAGGACCAGAGUGCAAAAACACGCAAAGCAGCUCCGAUGCGACGUCAACAGCAAGCAGUUCAAAGACAUCAUGCGAUACCAGUGGAUGCCUCGCCUCAUGGAGAGAAUCUGGGCAGCCUCGGGCAGCUCCGCCGGCACCGUGUAUCCGAAUGUUGGCGUGCCGAUGGCCGGUGCUCACCAGCCGGUGGAGCCGGGCAGCGAGUCUGGGCAGGUGAAGCCGAGCCCGGAGACCUCCAGCGCUGCGGGGUCGUCGUCGGACUCGGUCGGCAUGCAGUUCUCGUCACCUCCUCCGCUCCCAGCUGACUGCUUCACCGACUGGUACGGCGGCAUGCAGGAAGGUGAGAACGAGGGCGGUGACUGGAUCCAUGACGUGCAGAUGGGCGGGUGGUGGCCGGAGUCGCUGCCCAGCCCCGGCGGUUACAGUAACGUGGGGUUGCCGGACUUCGACCAGAACGCAUGGAGUGACAACUUGUGGAGCGUGGAGGACAUUUGGCUGCAGCAGUAGUUCUAAAAAAAGAAGGAAAGAAAGAUGGCUUGUAAAGACCGAAGCAAGAUACACAAGCAUAGAUUGGAUUGCUGAAAACAAAACAGAAAGUAGCGAGGAAGAAAAGGAAGGAAAAGGGGGAAUAGUUGGGACCUUUGAAGUCCUCCAAUCUCUUUUUGUGAAGAAUAGUUGGAAAUUUUAAAUUUUUCCGACCUCUUUCUUCUUUAUUUUUUGUUUUUUUUAAUAGAAUGAUUUGAAGUUUAAUUUACUCACAUUCUUUUUAUGAUAAAGAUGUCACUGCAAAACUCUUGUUUCUAGAUUUGUAAUAAAUCCAGCGUACUUGUUCAUUAAUUGUACCAUUACAGGUCUACAACUGUAACUUGAUUCCAUUAACAAGAACAAAGGAUGAUAAUAAAGGAGUGGGGCCUUUGUCCAUUUCUU